AGAGUAAGAGGCCACGGUAUAGAACCGAACAAAAUUAGCGUGGAAAAGGCUUAUGAUCCGUCAGACCCGUCAUUCAAAUUCGUCGACAGACCGGACGUGAUCGACCCAUAUCGUAAGUAACAGUGAACACGUUUUGUUUGAUCGAGGGCAUACCGGUUAAACAAUAUCCUAUGACCUGACGCCCAAGCCUACUGCAACAUAUCAGAGAUUAUUAUUGGUUGCCGUUUAUAAACCUUUGCUGCUCAGAAACGUUACAAAUGUUUCAGAUUUAGCUCGAGCUUCCCCCCCCCAAACUGCACUGCCAUUUUCAUUUUAACUUUUUCACACACAUAAAAUGUCCCUUAUUUACAUAUAAGCUUAAGAUUCAACGUAUAAUUCUUAUAAGUGAAAAGUUAAAUGAAAAUUGCAGUGGGUUUUGGAGGGAUGUUUACUUGCUAAAUCGUGGAAAAAUAAAGCAAAGCUUGAGCUAAAUUCGGGAAAAAGUGUAUCACGUUUUUCAGCACCAAAGGUUUACAAAUGGCACCCCACAGAUUAUAGAACAAAUUCCUGCAACAUUACACUGAUGAGCUCGCAACGGUAACAUCACCGGUAAAGCAUGUAAAGUAUGUCUAAUGUUCGACUAUAACUAGUCUUUUUCAUACCACCUGUUAGAAAUGUAAACGGCUUCGAUUGUGAAGCCUCCAUAAGGGAGUCUGGUAUCGAUUGACUUUGUUUGAACCGUUGUUUCUUCCUCCCUCUGCAUCAACACCAGAGGAUGAGUCUUGCAGAGCAGAGAUGUCGUGCGGUCACGCCGUCACGCCAGGAUCUCUGACAGGAUGGUGCCGCAGUUUGCUCAGCAAGGGGCAGUCCAAAUUUACUUGCCCAGCCGUUCAGCCAGAUGGCGCAAUGUGUGGCGCCGAAUGGUCUUAUCAAGAGGUCCGUCGCUUUGCUCUGUUGACCGUUGAGGAGAUGGACCAUUUCGAGAAAGAACUUGCCCGUAUAGUUGUUGCCAAAUUCAAAGCAUGCCCUGGCUGUAAAACCUACGUGGAACGACAGGCCUUAGACAAUCUCUGUUUCGACUGCACUAUCUGUGAGGAAAGCAACAAGCUCACCAUGCAGUUCUGCUGGCAGUGCCUGAGGCCGUGGAAGGGGAGGGCGCCGCGCAGCGACCGCUGUGACAACGACGACUGCUCAGACAAGGUGCUGGAGCUGCUGCAAGGGUGUGGCACCAUGACCCUGUCCCAGGUACCGGGGGUGGGACCCUACCCUUCCGUCCGGGCCUGCCCCACCUGUGGCAUGAGGGUUGAGGACGACAAGACCGGCUGCAAGAACAUCGUGUGCCCACGCUGCCAGGUGGGGUUCUGCUUCGUGUGUCUGAAGCUCACCAGGCAGUGCCUUCAGACCAGCUCCUAUUUCAGAGUGUGCAGCAGCGGCAUCGCACCGAGGCAGACCGCCAUGCCAAUAUGGCAUGGCGGCAAUAUGGCCCCCCGAUCCAGCGUGGUCCCCCAACCCCCUUUGGCCCCCCUUGAUUCCUUAUUCCCUGACCCCCUCACGAGGCUCCCUGACCCCCCCACGAGGCUCCCUGACCCCCCCACGAGGCUCUCUGACCCCCUCGCGAGGCUCUACGACCUCCCCCCGAGGCUCUCUGACCCCCCCCCACGAGGCUCCCUGACCCCCUCACGAGGCUCUACGACCCCCCCACGAGGCUCUCUGACCCCCCCACGUGGCUCUCUGACCCCCCCACGAGGCUCUCUGACCCCCCCACCGAGGCUCUACGACCCCCCCACGAGGCUCUACGACCCCCUCACGAGGCUCUCUGACCCCCCCACGAGGCUCUCUGACCCCCCCACAAGGCUCUCCCAACCGUGGCUCCCCGACCCCCCGUGGCUUCCUCUGGCCCCCCUGUGGCUCCCCCAGGUCCCCCGUGGCCCCCCCUGA